AUGAAUUACUGUAAUAGAAUAACGAUCCAACCAACUGUAGCACCAAAUUCCCUUACAUAUCCCAGAAUUAGACCCAACUUUGUAAAACUCCAGAUUCAAAACUAUGGUUCUAGUUCUUUGCUCAAAAUAAAAGCUUCAAUCAACAACGACAACAAUAACUUUGUUUCAUCCAAAUCAGAAUUAACCUUGUAUGAAGUUUUGGGUAUAUCUGAAUCUGUAUCCAUAGUGGAAUUGAAGCGCGCUUAUAAGCAGAAGGCCCGAAAGUGUCACCCAGAUUUGUCUCCACCGGAUCAGGUCAAAGAGUACACAAAGAGGUUCAUUAUGGUGCGAGAGGCUUAUGAGAUGUUGUCUGAUCCAGUAACGAGAGCUAUUUAUGAUAGAGAUUUGGCUAAAGGGAUUUCAUUUGCAUUUUCUACUAGCAGACGCUACUGUCAUCGCUCUCAUUAUGACCAGGUGAGUGAAGAAAAGAAAAAAUGGAAACGUCAGUGGGAAUCUCAACUGGCGGAGCUGGAAAAAAAGAGUGAUGGCAAGAAGGAUAAAGGAAAUAUGGCUUGGGCUGCUCGAGUGCGUCAACGUAGUAAUCAUUAG